AUGCCUUUCCAAUCCGACUACACCUCUCCGGAUCUGACCCAUCUUGGAUCCACCUCCGACGACGCCAUUGUCUACAACCUCUCGUCACGGUGGAAACAAAAGCUCCCCUAUACUCGCAUCAAUGCAUCCACUCUUGUCGCAGUCAACCCUUACGAAGUGCUACCUUUGUUGAACGACGCCCACGCCGAGCAAUAUGCAGACCAGUGUUACCGUAAUGUGGGCGAGGCCACAUCAGGAUCUGGACUCAACCUCGCGCCCAUUGAGCCCAUGCAAGGCAAACGCGAUAACAAAUCAAAAAACAAGGGCGGAGACCGGCAUAGUCAACACAGUAGCAUCCAUGGAUCCAGCAGUAUCGCGCCACACCCCUUCGAGCUGGCUGGAAGAAUCUACCUCCACCUUCGACGCACUGGCCAGGAUCAAACUGUUGUUAUGAGGCAAGAGUCGCGCGUCGCCUCACAGCUGCAGCAGGCACAGCAGAUUCUGGAUGCCUUUGGAUGCGCCUACACCAAUGACAACAAGAACGCCAGCAUGUUUUCCAAGUUCCUCGAAAUCCAGUUCAAUGAGCGGGGAAGGAUCCUGGGAGGAAAGACGCUGUGCUACCUGCUCAAUGCGUCACGGGUAACAAAGAUCCCUCAAGAUGAGCGCACCUUCCAUGUCUUUUACUACCUCCUGCACGCCAACCAGGACGCGUUUUCAGACCAGGACAAAUCGCAGCUCAGACUCCAAGAAACCUUUACCUACAUCAACCAGUCAAGGCUGGCCCGACAGGACACCAUCAGUCAAGGCGGAUUGGGCGCUAGCCCAGCCACUGCCACUUCCGUACCUGCUCCCAAUUCUCAUGCUGUCGCCGUUUCGGCCGGCAUGGGCACGGAUGAUACCCUUGGCUUUGAACAACUCAAACGCGCCAUGUCAACAUGUGGUUUCAAACCAAGACAAACUCAGCAUAUCUGGAGACUUUUGGCUGCCAUCCUCCACCUUGGCAACCUACAGUUCACCGACCCUGUCUCUGCAAGUAAGCAGAGUACCGUCCAGGAAGCGGCUGCCAUUCGUAAUCCAGACGUCCUCGACCUCAUCGCCGACAUCCUCGGUGUUCCCAGUGAUAAACUGAUGACAGCAUUGACAUACAAGUCCAAGUUGAUCCGCAGGGAUCUCUGCACCGUCGUGCUAAACAGUCAUGGAGCAAUUGCCCAUCGUGACUCUCUCGCAAAGGCCCUCUACAUGGCUCUCUUUGGGUACCUUGUCGAGCAGAUCAACAAAACCCUCUGCCACUCUGAGCCGGCCAACUUUGUUGCGAUCCUAGAUCAACCAGGUCUGGCCGAGGCCCCCAGCAGCUCUGCGAUUCAUCUGGCCAGCUUUGAACAGUUCUCGGCCAACUUUGCCAACGAGCUGUUGCACGGGUUCGUGGGAAGGAGGAUGCUCGAUGACACUGUCGGAUUCAACAAGCUCCAGGUUCAAGAUGGUAUUCAGCUCCCUGGACCAAUACAACGAGUCAAUACCAACAACACCUCGGGCAAUACCCACGCCAACAACAGUGCGCUCUUCGACAACAAUUGCUUGAGCUUCUUGGUUGGCAAAAACUACAAGGAUGACCAGCCUCUAGCUUCGACAGCCAACACAACCACAGCAACAAGUACCGCAGGCUCAAAGGCCGUCCCAUACUCUGUCAGGAUGCAACAGCAGCAACAGCAAGCGGGGACAGCAGCCGCAACCUCUGCAGUCCUCGGAGGAUUAGUUCGUAUCAUGGACGAUUCCAGUGCUCUGUUCAGUCAGGGCACCGCCACAGAUGCUGAUUGUCUUCACAAGGCAACCGUGCAGAUGCGAGGCGACUCACAGAGUCAAGCCAUCUUUUCGACUAACCGCACAUCGUCCAAUUACUUUGCGAUCCAACACUUUACUGGAAAAGUCGAGUACUCGGUCGACGACUUUUUGGAGAAGAACUUGGACCAGAUCUCCCCCGAUUUCCUUGUGCUCCUCCGGAACUCUGCCAACCGCUUCAUUGUCGAUCUGUUCUCGGUCGAGUCCUCCGGUGCCAUUUCCGUCGAGCGCCAUCCCAAGUUCGAAAAGACCAUUGUCAAGGCGCAGCUCCAGACUCGCCCUAAGCGACAGCCCUCUCGCCAGGGCCGGUCCCUGGCUGCCCGUCGGGGUGCCAAUGCGAACAAAGGCUCAGAGAUCCAGCAGCAACAACAAGCGCCUCAAAGUGUCUUGAGCGCUAUGAUGCAGGCGAGGCAGAUGGAAGAGGAUGCAGUAACCGUCAGCACAGUUUUGUCUCAAGUCUUUACAACAGUCCACGACCUGGCCCAGACGAUGGACGAGACCACCCUUUGGCACAUGGUUUGCCUCAGGCCCAACGAUGCCCAGUCGAACUUCUCGGUCGACACCAAAAAGAUGCGGAACCAGGUCAAUGCCUUCAUGCUACCCGAUAUUGCCCAUCGCAAGCGCACGGAGUACACGGUCUCGUACGUCUUUAGUGAGUUCCUGUCUCGGUACGAAAAGACCACUCUCCUCACCAACCUGGCGAUCGAUAGGAGCACAAAGACCGAGAAGGGACAAUGUCUGGAUGUUGCCAAUGCUCCUGGCCGAGGAUGGAAUGCUCCCGAUGGCAAGGUUGGCGCCAAGUUUGCUCUCGGUAACACAUGCGUUUGGCUGGCCGAGGAGGUUUGGAAACAUCUGGAGGAUGACUUGAGAACCGUCGAGAAGGAGGAGCGCCUCAGGAUCAAGCGCGAACAGGCGCAGGCACUUGCAAUGGAAGAGGUAGCCAAAGCUCGCGCUAAGGCUCUGGAAGCUGCUGCCGCUGCUGAAGGUGCCGGGGACCUGGCAAUGAUCAACAGUGGCGACGGCGAGGAGGGAAUCAAGUACGGGCCGGCCUUCUCCAGUACGGACAAGCUGUUUACGACUGCUUUGGGGCUGAAUGGAGACGACGCCGCCUCGGAAGCUGAUGGACUGGACGACGAUAUCUUUUCGGAGUCUGGAGAGAAGGACGACGACAUGAUGAGCGACUAUGGUAUGGCAAGUCUCUCCCACAAUCGCAUUCUGGGACGAGGAUCCAGACGAGACCAAACACUGGCUGCAGGCUCUGGAGGAAAUGGUGGUCAGGGAGGAGGCGAGAAGGGGGGCAAUGGCCGAGCCAACCAAGCCGGAGGUAGGAAGGGUCAGAGUGGUCCAUCAGAGAAGCAACAGAAGCAGGAACCGAUUGAGGAAUUGCCGACGACGCGUGCUCGCAAGCUCUGGGUGGCCUUUACGUGGACCAUGACGUGGUGGAUUCCGUCAUUUAUGCUCUCGAGAUGCGGCAAGAUGACUCGCGAAGAUAUUCGCAUGGCCUGGCGCGAGAAGGUGGCGCUAUGCUACAUCAUCUUCUUCAUGUCGGCUAUCAUCAUCUUUGUCAUUACUGGCUUUGGCAAGAUGAUGUGUCCCGGAGCAGAGCAUCUGUUUUCGUCCAAGGAAGUCGGGUAUCAUGCCUCACCAGACGACUUUUAUGUCUCCCUCCGCGGUAAAGUGUACGACAUCACCAAGUUUGCCAAGAGCGACCACUCCAACGGACACGCGUCGUACCCUUCCGAUACCGCCUACAUGCUCCCCUUUGCAGGCAUGGACUUGACAGAGUAUUUUCCUCUCCAGCUAAACAUUGCCUGCUAUGGACUUGUCACCAGCCCAUCACUCAGCCUGAUCGUCAACAAUACUCUCGUCGGAGUCCAGUUGCAUGGACCACCUACCCCUGACACCACCGUUGGCUGGAAUCAACAAAACAACCAAGGACAAUGGUACUGGAAAGUCGCCUUGCCGAGACUGCAGCCGAUGAAAAAGGGAGAACUGGCAUUUGAGAUGGAUGACAUCAAGGGAGACGAGACCCGCAAGUGGUUUGUCAUCGACAGCGCAGUUUACGACCUGACCAGCUACUUCAACACUGUUCGAGCCCCCGGAAACACCGGUGCGCAAGGGGCCGGUGUGCCGUCGGUUCAUUUCUUGGACAAGACCGUCGAGGACAUGGCCUUCAACAACAACGGCGAGGAUGUCACUGACAUCUGGAAGAAGUUACCUCUCGACUCGCAAAAGCGCGUUUUGACCAAGAGCUGUCUUGACCAGGUAUUUUACGUCGGCAAAGUUGACUAUCGCAAGUCGUUCCAAUGCCAGUUUACCAACUAUAUGCUUCUCAGCACCUCGGUGGUCCUGGUAUCCGUCAUCGCCAUCAAGUUCUUGGCUGCCCUGCAGCUGGGUUCGGUCCGUGUGCCAGAGGAGCACGACAAGUUUGUCAUUGUCCAGAUCCCAUGCUACACCGAGGACGAGGACUCUCUCCGCAAGACCAUCGACUCGAUCACCACUCUUCACUACGAUGACAAGAGGAAAUUGCUCUUUAUUAUCUGCGACGGCAUGAUUAUCGGAAGCGGCAACGACCUACCGACGCCACGCCUUGUGCUCAACAUCCUCGGACACGACCCCAGCUUGGAUCCAGAGCCAUUGGCGUUCAAGAGUAUUGGAGAUGGGUCGAAGCAGUUGAACAUGGGCAAGAUUUACUCUGGUCUAUACGAGCACGAAGGACAUGUAGUACCGUAUAUUGUUGUGUCCAAGGUCGGCAAGCCCAGCGAGCGGAGUCUUCCCGGCAACCGCGGUAAGCGCGAUUCUCAGAUUAUUCUGAUGAAGUUCCUGAACAAGGUCCACUUCGAUUCGCCCAUGUGUCCACUGGAGCUCGAGAUUUACCACCAGAUGAAGAACGUUAUUGGAGUCAACCCGAGCUUUUAUGAGUACAUCCUUCAGGUUGACGCCGAUACAGAGGUCAUGCCCGACGCACUGAACCGACUCGUCAGUUGUAUGAUCCACGAUGGCAAGAUCAUCGGACUUUGUGGCGAGACCCAGCUCGGAAACGAGGAGAACAGCUGGACGACCAUGAUCCAAGUCUACGAGUACUAUAUAUCGCAUCACCUCGCUAAGGCAUUCGAGUCGCUCUUUGGAUCCGUCACUUGCUUGCCUGGCUGCUUCUGUAUGUACCGAGUCCGGACGGUUGCAAAGUCGCUCCCAUUGAUCAUCUCCAGCAAGGUCAUUGAGGAAUACUCGGACAACCAGGUUGAUACUCUCCAUAAGAAGAACCUGCUGUCUCUUGGAGAGGACCGCUACCUGACCACGUUGAUGAUGAAGCACUUUCCUCAGUACAAGAUGACCUUCACCCCAGAUGCCAUGUGCAAGACUGUCGCCCCGGACCGCUGGAGCGUUCUUCUCUCCCAACGUCGCCGAUGGAUCAACUCGACGAUUCACAACCUUGCCGAGCUGAUGUUCCUGCCCGAGAUGUGUGGAUUCUGCUGUUUCUCCAUGCGGUUCAUUGUCUUUUUGGAUCUCUUUGGUACAUUGACCCUGCCUGCAUCUGUUAUCUACCUCGUCUACUUGAUCGUCAUUGUCGCCACCGGCAUGGAAACUCUGCCCAAAAUCUCGCUGAUCCUCCUCGGAGCCGUCUAUGGUCUACAGGCGUUGAUCUUUAUUAUCAAGCGACAAUGGCAACACAUUGGCUGGAUGUUCAUCUACAUUCUCGCUAUCCCGCUGUUCUCGUUCUUUAUCCCCGUCUACUCUUUCUGGCACUUUGACGACUUUUCCUGGGGAAACACCCGUAUGGUUGUGGGCGAGACUGGCUCAGCCAAGAAGGUGGUCAUCAUUGGGGAUGACGAGGAGCCGUUUGACGAGAAGAUGAUCCCGAUGAAGAAGUGGAGCGUGUACGAGCAAGAGAUGUGGGAGAUUGAUUCUGUCGGCAGUCAUGAGAGCAAGGGCACCGUCGUCUCCUAUCGAUCCAAGAUUUCCGAGCAGCAUGGACCUGGUCAUGGCGGAAUGGGUGUCGAUGGACCAGUGCCGGCUUCCCCGAUGUCUGCUGUCGCACGAUCUGUUCAGGGCGGAAUGUCUCUUCCCAUGCACCACCUCUCCUUGUCAGGUUCUCAAGAUGAUCUCGCUUCGAACGGACACGAGUACUACCGAGACACCAAUGUCAUCCAGAAACGGCAGCAGCAAUACUCUGGCAACCCCAUGCUGCAGCAGUACCAGAACCAGUACCACCGCCAUCAAGGGUCGAGGUCGUCAUUGGCGUUCGAGGAGGACAUGCGCCGCAACUCCAUCACUUCUCUUCCUCGGUCUGUGGUCAAUGUCGGUAUGAUACCUCGUCAUGCACCUAGUCCCUCGGUCGGUGGUGGAGGAGGAGUUGGACCCUAUGGACACCGGUACCAGGAUUCCAAUGUUGGAUAUGACUCACCUCAGCAAUUCCCGCCGCAUUCGAUGCCGAUGCAGUCGUCUCCGAUGGUGAUGUACAACCAUGCCCACCGGAUGAGUAUCUCUAGUCAACCUGGUGUCAUGCCCGUGAUGGGAAUGCCGGGUCCUGUACCCUAUGCUGGCAGUGCGGUGCCAUCGUUGAGAGGGGGAGGUUCACAAUAUGGGUCUGGAUCUGUUGUUGGAGUGCCUCUGGAUAAUGGCUACCAUACCCAUGGACAUGGACAUCAUAUGAGGUCUGAGUCGACUGCGAGUGGGAGCGUGGCUCAGUUUGUGUCUCCGACCAUGGGAUCAGAUCAGCCUACGGACGAAGAGCUUGCGAAUGAGAUCCAGAACGUGCUUGCCACCGCCGAUCUCAUGAGUAUCACCAAGAAGCAAGUCCGAGAGAGACUGAUGGCGUUCUUUGGGGUGGAUCUGACGUCGAGGAAGGAGUACAUCAACGAGGUCAUUGAGCGUGUCCUCGAGAGCUAG